UUUUUUUUUUUUUUAUUAUUUUAGUAUCAUAUCUUAUUAUUACUACUACUACUCAUUGUCGACUUGAUCUUGAUAUCAAUGUUUGUAGCUUCCACUCCUGGUGAUAUAAACUACGAUUCUGAUCGCGAUUCACAAACAAGUACUAGUAGCUCACUUCAAAGUUGGGUAUCUUGGUUUUGUUCUUUAACUGGCCAUGAAUAUUAUGUAGAAGUACCUGAAGAAUUUAUGGAUGACGAUUUCAAUCUCACUGGAUUAUCUGCUUUAGUACCAUAUUACAAUGAGGCAUUGGAGAUGAUAUUGGAUAUUGAACCUGAAGACUAUGACGAUACUUAUGACGAUGAGGAUAAGAAUGAAGAUGUACAAAAUAGUUUAUCUAACCAUAAUUCAACCAUACAACAAGAACAACAACAGUCAGAACAAGACGAUGGAUUUUGGAAAGAAGGUCAACCAGCAAAACGACGGCGGAAUUUAGAUGCUAGUGUGGUUGAACCUUAUGCUAUUAUGCUUUAUGGUUUGAUUCAUCAACGAUACCUUUUGACUAGAAAUGGAUUAAGAUUAAUGGCUGAACGUUAUGCAACUGGUGUAUUUGGAUCUUGUGCUCGCGUUUAUUGUGGAAGAUGUCCUGUCAUUCCUUGUGGUCGUUAUGAUGAAGUCGGUGUGGAAAAUGUCAAAUUAUAUUGUCCAAGAUGUAUGGAUAUUUACAAUGCUCCUGCUACUUAUCAAAAUGUCGAUGGUGCUCAUUUUGGUUCAACGUAUGCUCAUUUACUGUUUGAAAAUUAUUCGGAACUAGUUCCCUUGGCAAAACCUCAUAUCUAUCAACCAAAAAUAUUCGGAUUUAGAAUUAACGAACGAUCACGUACUGGACCACGAAUGCAAUGGUUACGUAUGCGACCACCAGCAUAUAUUGAUAAUGAUGAUAAUGAUGAUGAUGAUUUUGGUGACGCUGACUUGGAUGAUCCUGUUUAUGAAGAAGAAGAAGAAGAACAAGAAGAACAAGAUGAUCAGCUAAGUCCAUCCCAUGCUUUUGAUGACACCUCUGAUAAUAUGACAAGGUUAACUGCCCAAAUGGAAAGUUGGACUGUACAAGAUUCUACGAUUAAUAGUUUCCUUCGCCGUUGGAUUUGACAUACACUUCCCCUCCUUUUUUUUUUAUUCUAUCCCAUCUUUAGUUUUGCAUCUUUUCUCUUCCCUUUAUUUCCAUGUUACAUAGCUUUUCACAUAUCUAUUUUUUCCCUCCUUUAUAUCACAUACUCUACACUUUAUUAGUCACUAUUUUUUUUUCUCUUGUAUUUACCAUUCCAUCUAUUCAUAAUAUUAAUAAUAAAAAGAAAAAACAAGGCAUUGAAACCGCUUUCAAUAUAUCUAAC